GGGAGAUAGAGUCGAUCCCACAAAACAUUCCUGAUUACAUUCACACAUGUAGACUAUUUGGUUUUCAAUUAAGUCACAUUUUUUGGAAUGUGUGGAAGCCGGACCUGUCUGAGAAAACACAAUCACUUGGAAAACAAAAAAAAAUCACUCAGGCGGUCUGAGCUGAGAUUUUUAACCCACAAUCUUCACUCGUAAGCAGAUGUGAUACACUUCCAAGUUGAAGUAGAAAGUCAAAUUAAAAAUCUGUUGAGGAAAAACCGACAACUCACAAACAACCUGUGAUCCAUCUCACCUGUGCGUCAGAUCAGGAGACACAUUAUCGAAAACAUGAUAUAGAUUUUGAUUCAACCACUGAGCUAAGGUUGGUACAAUAGCACCAUUCACACAAGGGGGAAAAAAGGCCACACCGAAACGAGAUUAAAUGUAAAUCUAAACAAAAUAUUCAAAUGUUUCAUCUGAAUGGAUGGCAAUAAAUAUAUAUUGCCUAAUAAGCCCAACAUUCGAUUUGUUCUAUCUCGGCUGCAGUUUGCAUGUUCUCCCGUGGGACACUCCGACUUUCUCACACAAUCCAAAGGUUCCAUGACUAUUAUAAAUAUUCAAUUGUAAGAACUCUGAAGGUGGGCGUGAUUGGUAAGAUGGUGCCCUGCGAUUGGCGGGUGCCCAGUCCAGGGAAAUUAAAACGAAGCAAGUCGUUCGCUUCACCUUCCGUUCCAGUAGGUGGCAGUACUUCGCGUCAAUCACAAGAAGACCCCUCCUCUCUUCGGCGGCUGCUCCUCGGUCGUGACGUCACGCAGGCUGUGGCUUCAGGAUCUCCAGUUCUGUGGGCUUUGUGAGGAAACGACGUUGUGAUGUUUAUGUGGAUAACUCAGAUCAGAGGCGUGUGAACUCGUGCGGCGUAGGAGCCAUGCUCAGCCCAGCCCAGCUGGAGAGCGGGCCAGACCCAUUGAGCACCCAAACUGCUGUGGAUCCAUCGCACAAUGACACCUAUUCUACUGAGGCAGCACCAAUUCAAGCAGGUGCACAAGAAAGAAGGCAUGUAUCCGUUGAGGAGACCAACGGAACCCAAAUUGAUAAAACACCUGCAGAUGAUUCUCUUCAACAAGUCACAGGGACUGUUGAACCCUCAGACGCCACAGAAGAGAUGGCGGCGGAUCAAGGUCGAAACACAAAACCUCCAUCAGAGUUGACACCUGAGGCAAACAAAGAUCCCGGGAAUGAAGAACAAAAGUCAAAGAAAAAGGACAGACGUUUCCCCUCCAAGAAAGCCAUGGUAGAUCCUCUGAAGAUGGACAUGACCAAGCCGUUGGUUAUGCCACUCACAUCAUCGGAGCUCUCCCUGCAGUGCAUCGAGUGCCACAUCAUCUUCAGUGAUUCCAAGAGCAAACAGCGCCACCUGAAAUUGAGCCACCCAGUCGAAUAUGAGCAAUGCAUCUUGAGGAAUUCGCUUUUCACCUGCUACCAUUGCGAUAGCCACUUCACCAACUCCACCGAGCUCAUGGCACAUCAGAAAACCCACAUCGAAAGGAAACCCUUCAAGUGUCCUCUGUGCGGCCAGGCUUUUAAAAGGUUGUCCGAGCUCACGCUUCAUAAAAAGGUGCACAUUGGGCAGGAUGGCUACACGUGUCCCGACUGUGACAAAACAUGCAAAACAAUCACACUGCUGAAGUACCACAGCCGUGUCCACACUGGGGAGAGACCGUAUGUUUGCAAGGAGUGUGGGAGCAGGUUUAGCAUGUCCCAUGCACUGCAGAAACAUAGGCAGUCCCACCUGCCCAAAGGUGCCCAAGCAGGCGAAGAUGCAAAAGCCAAAGCACAAUGGAAAAAAGAGCUUGAUGCUUCAAAACCCAAGUAUCCCUGCUCUGUUUGCAAGGCUACUUUCAAGAGUCCCAAGACGCGCCUUCGUCAUCUUACAAACAAGCACAGCGUGUCCCUCAAUUCACUUGGUAAACCCAUGCGAGCGAAGUUACAUACAGAUCACUUUACUCCAGUAAUAACGCCGAUAUCCGUUGCCCAGCCGGCUUUGCUACAGUUGGAGCCCAAUGGGCCUCUUCAGAAAGUCGACGGCAAUAUCGACACCGAGCCAAUACGAAGGCUUAUUGAAUCUUUGGGAAACGUUCAGAAGGUCAACCAAGUGGUGAUUUUGGGCCAAGUGCCUCCUCAUGCACCACCUUUGGAGGUUCAGCAGAUCUCAGAGCUGUCCAAAGCAGUCAAUUUAAACCUCAACCCGCUCCAAUUAGAUUCUCUGGAAGUUACAUCGGUGGAGUCCAAGAUGGGGGAAGGAGACUUUUCAAACAACUCAUGUGAUCCGAUGGAGCAAACGAUCAUACUGGAACCGAUUACACCUGAUGGACAGUUCAUCAACCCGCCCUUCUCAGACUUUGGCCCACAUAUUGUGUCAGGUGAAAGCCUGGUGCUUGGUCUUGCUCAAAGUGAACACAGGUUGGAGCCGGACGGAGAGAUGAUGCAUCAAAUUCAUCCACAACUUGAACUUAAUGCAACCAACUCCAAUACAUUUAAACCGUUGGUUUUCCAUCAUGAAGGAACAGACUUCAAGCAAGACCUUGAGCAAACCGUCAUCCUAGAACUAACCCCUGCCCUGACACCACCUGGGGAGCUCCAGCAAUCACAAAAUGCACAAGAGCCGCAAAUCCCAACCCCUUCGUUGGUGCCAACCACUGAACUGGAUACAACUCCCUACCAAAGUAUCAUAAAUAAGCAUGAUGCUGGCUCGCCAGUUCCAUCGUCGGGGCCUAUUGUUGAGCCGAACUUGACAUCUCUACAAAGCGCCGUUCCACUGAUGGGGCCUGCAGUUGAGCAGAACCUGACAUCUUUGCAAACGACUCAACAAGAUCUCGCCGCUUCCACUUUUGCUUCACCACAGGCACCAGAGCAGGCUUUAGGAGGAGCUGGAGAUGACUCGCAGGAGAAGGCUCAAUCGCAGAUUCAAAACGUCAGUCAAGUUCCGGUGCCCUCAUUAUCCGAUAGUGGAAACCCCCUGGAGUCACGAGAGAAGACUACACGGGGUGAAGAAUUACCGGUUGAUCUAAAGGAGGACAGGAAUCGGGUGAAAAGUCCGUCCGAUGUCACGGAUACUUCUGUUCAAAAGGCCCCGACACAUUCAUCCAGCAAACAGGGAGCUCAGACCUCGGAGUUACCCGUGAAUGUAAUGUCAGCUCAAGAGCUUGUGAAAGUACGCAAAAGAAAGCCAGCCAGGGCCUUGAUCAUACAAGGUUAUAUGCAAGAACUGAUCGGGUCCAUACUUGAUGAAGAUUUACAAAAUGAUGGCAAACCCGCGAAACGCAAAAGAACCAAAAAGUCCCAUCUUGUUAACCUGAGCCCGCAAAAGAAAGACAAGAAAAACAAAAAACAAGGAGUGCCUUCUCAGCAAUGCCAAUCUCCCUCAAAAGAACCCACGGUUGAUAGGGCAACAAAUCUCUUACAGAAUAAAGUGCCAUCAAAGAAGAAAGGAAAGAUUGCCAUGAAAAGCCCAAAAGCAAAGAGCACGGCAUCUUCGGCUGAGGUCAGGAUGUCGUCGUUAACCAACGAUUCGCAAGGAAGACAGAAAAUGACAAAGAAAAAAAUGAAAAAAGAAGAUGCAGCAAAAGCUCCGCAUAAAAAUAAACAAAAGCCUGCAGUUAAAAAGAAAAUUCAGUCGAAAAUCACGCCAAAGGGUCAUUCCAAGAGUUCAAAGGGAACAAAGAUGACAAAUAAAGGGCGGAAGAAAAAGGACGAGGCAAUGAGCCCCAAAAGCAAGCAAACCAAAGGCCAAGCAGAGUCACCUGGCACGCAGAUAACACAAGACUCUCUCCUUUUGCUCAAAGGUCAUAAGCAGCCCCAACUGAAAGUUCACAAAUUGGACCCGACCAAAACAUCUGGGCAAGAAAUUUCACCUCGGGACAACCCAUCCCAGCACAGCAAAGGCAACCCGGCAAACCCCAAAACCAAGACCGCAAAUAAUCCCAGCGAUGUUGCCAAGAAAAAGGGGAAAUCCAAAAAGAGCCAAAAGACUCUCACAUUGCUCUCCUUUCUAAAGACAUCCCGCCAAUCGCCCCAAACCCAACUUGUCAAGCCAAAGACCGGUCGAAAACGCAAAGCUUCCUCAAACGUGGAGACCGAAGGGGUGAUAACCGCCGCCCGUUCCAAGCGAGCAUUAGAGUGUAAAAACUGCGGGGAGAUAUUCACUGAAGUUGCCUCCCUUCAGAAGCACAAGGCGAUGGUGCAUAUUUUAGAAAGUCCCGAGCUUACGUACACGAAUGGCAACAUUUUUGAAGGGGUCUCCAGAUUAGGCGUCGACCAUCAGGAAAGAGUUAUUCGACUGAUGAAUCCGAGCACUGGUUGGGAUCAUGAACCGGAUUUGGCCUUGCGGGACAGGGAACCGAGUGUCUCAUUUACUGCCGUGAUUCCAUCUUCAUCUUUGCCUCCUGAUGAAAGCGGUGUUCAGUCUGCUCCGAAACCAGUCCACCCCAUCAAAAACGGCAAGACUUCUAAUAAGGAUCCUCUCUUUGAAAGCGCCGCUCUAUCAAAGCAAAAUGAAUCUGACAAACCGCAAGAACGUAUACCCAAGAACCUCUGUUUAGAAUCCGAGCACCCGGCCUCCAUAGGAGAGGACAUCAAGAAGAAUGCCGUUCGCGGGGUAGACCUCGUCCCUGAUGGGGUGCGCAAUGGGAGUAACAGCGCGGCUCUGCCUCAGGACCUUUGCCCAAGUGAAUCGGGUGAAGCCGCUAGUUCUGAAGCAAGUAGUGCGGAAAACACAACCGGUGAUCAAGCAACCGAUGUGAGAAGUUUGCAAUCGGUGUCAUGUUCCACGCAACGAGUAGGAGUUAAAGAUGAAGAAGAGGAGGUGUUAGUCCAGAAGAAAAAGGAAGCGGGGGCUACAAGGCGCGGAGGAGUACAUCGCAAAGGUUUGGAUCCAGGUGCCGUCACAGAAACUGAAUUGGAAGGAGAGCAGGAGGAUUGUCAGGUUAUUUAUGAAAAACUUGAGUGUAAUUCCCAAAUUACAGAUGAAGAUGAGACAAUGGCGCAGACUUCCCUGGCAAAUAUUCAACCCAGACCCGAUCCCCAUAGAAGUCCGUCUACUGCCGCUAUUAUUUCCCCAACACCCUCCAUCGUGGAAGAAUCCAGUGUGUCUCAAAGGAAUUCAGACAGGGAGAGUCAGCCAUCUCCAGGAAUUUAUCUUGAGAAGGUCGUCAGAGCUGAACCCGGCUUGGCUAACCGACAGCCUCACCUGAUAACUUCCACCAUGAAUGAAAGACAGGAUUUAAAGUGCACCGCUGAAAAUGAGAUGCAAGCCGUGAUCAAAGUUGAGGAGAGACAACAGAACCAAGACAUUCGGACGGUUCUGGUGAAGCAGGAGAGCAGGAUCGCGCUUAAUGACGCCCGGUCCACACUGCAUAACGGACGCAGGCGUUGGGAUGUGGAGCAAGUCACUGACCGAAACUCUCCCAGCACACUCUCAGACGCUGAGGAGACGUCCAGCGACUGCCGCGCGUCCCCGGACUCAAGCAGCAAGCAGUGCAUCUUCUACCCGGUGAAGGCGGAAGAGAGGGAACUGCCCCUGGGUGCUGGUCACACCAACAGUGGAACCUCAGACGCAUCCGUUGAUGUCGGACGGACGCCUCAUCCAACCACUGGCUGUCAUUUAUACGAAGGCACUCAGCAGGACCACCAUGAUUUGAGAGGACCAGAGAUGAUGGAUGUUCAUGACUAUGCCGAUGGACAAGCAGAAGCGCAGUGUCAGCAUCCACCAGACAUGCGGCGUUUACUUCUCCAGACUUCUGAUGAAGAGGAUGCAAGAGUUUUCGAGUUGUCGCAACCUCAUGUUGACGCAGAGGCCGAAGUCCUGGCCUAUUUGGGCAAGAACCAAGGCGACUGCGCACAACGACCAGAUGGAGCAACACAAACGGUGUUCAAAGCUGGAACUAGAGAGACCACUGAGCCCAUUGAAUACUUCUCCAGAUAUUUUGGCUGGGAAACCUGGGUGGAAAUGGGCCGCUACACCAAUCAAACGUCUAACUGCGUCACUGUGAAGGAAAUCGCCCAGUUUGUUGGGAUCCACAUCGCAAUGGGAACUUUGAAGUUUCCCAGCCCGCGGCUCUACUGGGACAACUUGACGAAGGUGCCCUUGAUUGCAGAAGCCAUGCCGCUUUCCCGCUUCCUUCAACUGUCGCACUUGUUGAAGCUUGCCUCCCCUGCUAAGGAUCCUCACAAUAGUAAUACGAGAGAAAGAACUCAUAUUGACUUUUCUCAUCAUGCUGCUAACAGGGGGGAGCAAAGGGGAUUGACAAAUAACUCCGUGGACCCUUUGUGGAAAAUUGGGCCCUUAUUGUGCCGUUUCCUAAAAGGCUGCCAGACACUAAGAAGACGGGGUGACUUUGCAGUGGAUCAGUAUUUAAUUCCCUUAAUUGGUAAGGUGCACGAGAACAGGUUGGCUCUGUAUAGCACCACAUUGAUUGGAUUUGGGGGUUUUCUCCUUCAUGUGGACCUGAAAGCAGAUCUGUGCGAUAAGGAGGAUGCUAUUGAGAAAAUGAUCCCCCAAGGCAGCAAUGUGUUUCUUUGCAAGCAAGAACUCUCCACUCCUGCAAUGCUCGAGCGCCUCCUAGUGGCCGGGAUCCACGGUGCAGGCCGGGUUGGCGGAGCCCAGGGCCAAAUCGGAGAUGAGUUUGUUAGCUCGGACGGCAAGCUGGUGCUGCGCAGGUCACACAGCGGCUUCAUUCUCUCCACGGCAGGAAACUGUCACAGAAGCAUGGCUUCGCUCAUCAGCAACUUUGAGAAAGCCCAGGCGGCGGUGCGCCUCAACAGAGAUUUGUUGAAUCUUUACUCCAUCCCGGUUGCCACCUCACCUGCAGGUUGGCCUCUCGCUGUGCUCUGGUACCUAACAGAUAUGGCUUUGGUCAACUCCUGGCUCUUGUACAGACACAAUCACGUGACCACAUUGGCACCUUUAUCUUUUAUGGACUUCAGAUUGGCAGUAGCCAAAGCCUUGAUCCACUCCAGCGGCUCAGACCCCCAGAACUCUGUCCUCCCUCAAUCCUCCCCGGCAAAAGCUGAUGCUAGAACUGACCCACCUAACCCCAGCACAGUAGAAGAAAGCCCCCUCCCCGACGCGGCAACACGGUACGACGGCUCAGGCCAUUGGCCAGAGCAGUUAGCUGAGGGCGAAGGGGGCAGAUGUCGUUUUGGCGACUGUCAGAGGACAUCCCGAGUUCUGUGCCUCAAGUGCUGUGUCUUUCUCUGCAUCUCGCGCAACCACAAUUGCUUUUUGAAUUUCCACAAUCAGGGAAGUUCGGGAAGCCUCUAGCACUAGUCUUACUUUUCUGCAUGUUCCUAUUUUGGUCAUGAAUGAGGUCACCACAAGCUGUUAGGUGCGUCAAAAUAUUCAUGAAUUGAUGAGAACAGGGACACGAAGAAACACUUUGUCACACCAGUUGCUUUUUUUAAAAAUGCUUUUGCAGUGUGACAGUCCAUAUAGUAUAUGCUUAUCUUCACAAAUUCCAAAAUAAGUUACUUUUAUUUAUUUAUAACUUAAUAGACAAUGUUUCCUCAUAGAGUGACUGUGAUUUGAAUACCCGCCAUCCAAUAAAGGCCAGGCGUUUAAUUGGAAAUUUAUUUGUACAGAUGCAUUUUUACUUCUCCCCCCUCCCCCCCGAAAAAUAAGUAAUGACCCUUAAUUAAAACACUAGUGCAAUAUGAUUCUAAAAUGGGAUACUCUCGAUUGUUAUUACUGCCUGCAUCAAUCACUAACACAUUCUUUCCGAUUAUUUUUCUGGUUUGUUCUACCCGGAAACUUUCUGUUAAACUUUGCAAGUGAAUGUUGCAUCCAGCAACUCUUUGAAAUCCAUCAAAAACGUCAGCUGUGCAGAUGCCACCUGUUGUGGUCAUGACCCAUUCUGUGACACAUGGUGCUAUACUACAGCCACCUAUUAGGACCAGAUUCCUUUUUUUUUCCCGGAUGAAGUGUCUGUUUGAGGUAAGUUUUUAUGAUUUAUGUCGCAGCCAGCAAUAAAUCUCUUGUUGAAGGCUAUUAUCAGGAAAGUCUGGAUGUUCAUUGGGAAAAAUGCCCUUACACGCCCUUAACCAGUAUAUUGGAACAGCACUAAAUACGUCUAUGUUGACUUGUUUUUGUCCUCCCUUCUUCACAAUGAUAUGCACUACCCAUGUUGGGCUUCUGAAACAUUUCUGUCAUGAAGUAACAACAAAAAUUAAACACAUUGUCAAGAAUGUGACCUUUAAGAGUGUGUAAAUACUCUACAUGGCCAAUUUUGCACACUAUUAAGGCUGUAUUUACCUCCAUGAACAAGGUGGCUUUGUCUCAAGUUCGUAUCUUUGUCUCCUGUCACGAGUUAUUUUUUUAAUGAUUGAUUUAACACUUUAUGUGUGUGUUUCUGAAUUGUGACUAUUGGGACUGUUGUCUACUGUUGAUGUGUAAAAUUAUUUAUUCUAUUUUAUUUUUUUGGAUUGGGAGUCUUGAAUGAAUAAAGUUGCAUUGGAGAAAAGUA